GUAAACUUACGCACGCCGAUAGGGCGUUAAAGGUGCAAUGACCGAGAAACAGCGACUUGAACGCUCUUCUCACUCUCCAUUGAGUGGUGCUGAUGGAAGAGUGAAUAAAUUGAAAAACUUAAAUCCGAUCACGGGUGAAUCUGAAGAACCCAUAUUGGUUAGCUUCGAAGACGUCAGUGCUGCCUCCUACAGGAUUCGGAAAGGGGUUAAAAAAACACCAUGUGAAGUAAGUAAUUAAGCUUAUGUGAAGUGAAUUCUAACAAUAGUUUCCACAAGAAGUACUGACCUUUUGCUCGAUCGCUGUCAUGCGGUCUGAAUUAUUUACUUAACAUGUCCUAUUUACAACUACUCGUUUCAGUAGUGUUCUUAGCUGCGAGGAUCUUAUAAUUUCAUCUCUCCACCGCAGUGCAAAUAUGUGAAUUUUCAUAUAUCUAAAAUCUUCAUUCACUUGGAUGUUUAUUUGUACCCAAUUCAUUGACCAGCUCCCAGUUGGCUUGUUAGCUCAAUUGGUAGAGCGCUGCACCGGUAUCGCAGAGGUCAUGGGUUCAAAUCCCGUACGGGCCUGAAUUUUUUCAGGUCCUAUUUACAACUACUCGUUUCAGUAGUGUUCUUAGCUGCGAGGAUCUUAUAAUUUCAUCUCUCCACCGCAGUGCAAAUAUGUGAAUUUUCAUAUAUCUAAAAUCUUCAUGUCGAAACAGGUUUCUACGUUGUGACAGCGUAGCUGCUCUCACGCAACUGAGGGCAAACUCAUUUCAUGUGGGAAUAAUCAUUUCAUUAGCCGGCUGCGUCAGAGUAUGUUGCUGUUUAGCUGAGAGUUCAUGUUUUACCUUAGAAAAAAAUAGUCUCAUCUGUAAUCAACUGUUAGGCCCCAUAUUAACUGAAUUGAACCAGAACAUAUUUAUGUCAACAAUAAUGUUUGUUGGUAGUGGACAGUAUUACGUCACAGGAGUUGCACUGGAGCUGGUUGUCAAGCCUCUUUGUGUAAUCUAAAUUUAUGUUUUAUUGAGUAACACGAUCACACAAUGACUUUGAAAUUAACAAACUGAGAUUACCAUGUGUUCACUGUUUCCUACUCUAUUUUACCUUCCAUUACCUUUUACAUAUAUUUUCAUAACUGGAAGUCACUUGUGAUGGCUCUUUCCCGAGCUGGCCCUCACUGUUUACUAUUUUAAAAACAAAUGAUAAAAUUUGAAUGUAGCCUUGAUUGCUGUACAGUUGAAAGGUUUCAAUUUCAAGGUACUACAGAAUUAAAACUUUGCUAAAUUUUACCAUCUGGAGAUUCAUUUCUGUAAGUUUGUUGCUUAUGUUGUGUUUUAAACUACUGAUCAAUGUGAUUUGUCUCAUUAUGGCUGACAUAUUAUUAAAUGUGAUUAUGAACUGGAAAUGAUUGAGUUAAUCAUGUUUUGAUAUUUUACAUUAUUACAAGACUGAGGCCUUCUAUUCAAGAUGCAACAGUUAUUAUCAGUCAGUCAGACAAUGUUCUCCAUAAAUUCUCAAUGAAUUUCAAGUACAUUUAUGGUUGCCAGAAGAUUUAGGUUGUUUCAAAUAACUUAUUAUCUACCAAUGCUAUAGAUUAGUUGAUGAUCUCAAAGCAUGAUAAUGUUUUUUUUGAGGGGUUUCAUAUUCACAAGAAAUUUUUGUACUCGUGCAGUUUUCAUGAAAAUGAAAUAUAAAUUUGUGGUCAUUUGUUUCAACAUAGUUGUGUUCUGGAAAUACUUAUUUAUUUGGUCAGUUUUGUCUUUCUUUGUGUUGAGUAGGGAGCUAGUUUUGUAGAUACUGUACCUUCACAGAAAGCACAUACAUUGUACCUUAGAUUUUUUUCUAACAGGGUGUUUGGAAUUGUGCCAAAAAAUUACAAUUUUUUUUAUCUUUAAUCAUGAUUUCUAAGAAAUUCUUAAUAGAAAUUAAAAUUAAAGCAUGUUAUCAUAUAGACUUUGAAACUGCUCCAAUUAAAGGAGAUUUUCUUCUUGUACCAUGACAGUUUGUUUAUAUAGUAAUAACUUGACUUUUUGUGCAAAUGAGGAGAAUUUUGAAAUCAUGUGAAACACUCUUAAGCUCAUGAAUUAAAGGUUGUUUGUAGUAUUUUCAUUCAUGUGUUAUUUAACUCACAAGCAUGCUUGUAUAAAUAUUUUAAUUAAAUGGUUGAUUUGGAAAAUAAUUAAGAUAUUACGUAUGGUUAUUUUUAGAGAUCUAGUAUGUCAGAGGCAUUGAAGAUGGACUUGUAUUUCAAGAAGGACUAUCUUCAGCACACAGGAAGGUAGUAAACAUGAAAUCAUUGCAGAUCGCUUACCAUGAUGAUAUUUUCAAUUUUUUAGGAGUAAGAUAAAAACAUGGGUGAAACCUAUGUAUUCUUGUAUUUCCUAAUUUCCAACAAAGAAACAGUGGAGGUCUCUUGCUAACUUGUACUGAGUUAUUACAAUUAUUACAGACAUAAGUAGCAGGAAAAUGGGUUAUUGUAACAGUUGUGCAUUUGAUAGUGGUUCUCUGCAUUUGGAGUUUCCAAGUUGCACUAUUAAAGUCAGAAUGAAAAGCUGAAGAAAACAAAAACUAAGCCUUAAUUCAUCGCAUUUAUUGUGGGGGCAAGAGUUCAUACAAACUAUGAGAAAUGUAAGAACAAAUAAGUGAAAAUGCAGGAUCAUAAUAUCUUUGUCCUUAUGCUUUUCUCCCAUUGUUAAAUGCAUGUGCUGGCAUUUGUAGCUUCUAGGAUUAAAUGGAUUUUAGACUGGACAAUUUGAAAUCUGUAUCCUGACUAAUGUUGUAAUUUAAUUUAGCUUCAAAGAGAGAGGUGCCAGAAACACACUUCUGAUGUUGUCUAAAGUAAGUACUCAAAAUUCAUAGUCAAAUACAUUUAUUUGAUAUUACUCAACCUUUUUCUCCCAAUAAGAGGACAAGUUGUAUCAGUGACCAUGCCUGUCCCUUAAAGUCUCACAUGGAAUCUGAGAGUGUAAAUUUGUUAUUUGAUAAUUUUAGUAGGCCCAGCUUUUGCUUUAAAGACUGUUGAAGAAGAAAACAUUGUAAUUUAUUUCAGCUUAAGAUCUAGUAAGUUUAACUGAUAUAGUACUUGGAAAAUGGUCAAUAGAAACCAGAAACACUUUUCUUCAUAUCUUGAAUAUAAGCAGAAAAGGUCCAUUUUAAGCUCAAUUUUACUUUUCCAUAGGAGCAAAAGGAAAAAGGUGUAAUUGCAGCAUCAGCUGGGAACCAUGCCCUUGCAUUAUCAUAUCAUGGGAGAGAUCUGGGGAUACCUGUUACUGUUGUUAUGCCAUUGAAUGCUCCCAUUAUGAAGAUCUCAGCUUGUAGGAAACAUCAAGCCUCAGUACAUGUGAAUGGAGCUGAUCUUAUAGAGGUCAGAGUUAGCAAUCAUUGUAUUCUUUUACUAGUAAAAAAAAACUUGAUCAAAUAUGUUCUUGCUAUAAAAUCAGAUAACAAAAAAAUUCCACUUUGUGUCCAAAAGAUUAAACCUCAGGCAUUGGUAUCUGCUGUGUAUAAUAAUAAUAUUAGAGCAGCUGAGCUUGUUUUUUGGCAUAAAACACUGUUGUAUUUUGUGCACUUACAUGUUUGUAACUUGUAAAAAAGAGAAGUGCAAAAGUAAAAGCAAUGCUGGAAUUUACACUGUGUCUAGCUUUAAGAAGGAAAUAUGAUGCAAAGACAACUCCUACACAAUUUGGAAAUCUGAUCUUAAAAGGAAAUCAAGUUGAUCACCCACAUAUGCUAGAUGGACUUUUUAUCUUUAUUUUGUUCCAGUAGAGAUUACUACAGCUUAUUCAGUUGGCCAGGCCAUGUUACACACUUCCAAUUAGAGAGACUCUGUUCAACAAUAAGCUUUAUAAUAUUUCUUUUAAAUCAAGCCUGAAUGGCAAAGUAAAUUGGUAAUGUCUAAAUUUGCAGUUCAGAAUCUUGCUGAAUAAGUGAAAAAAUGCUUUACAUGAGUGGCCUUCAAUGACUGUUUUAGGUCAAGUUUAUCUUUCAAGCUUGUGCCAAUCUGGUGCAGCAGGGUUACUUAUGGUGCUCAUGAUGUUAUGGAUUUUUGGAAGGGUGUGGGGGGGGGAGGGAGUACUUAGGUCAAUUUUUGCUGGGUAUGUGCUGCUGGCCUCUCAGAAUCCCUUCUACAAUAAAGCAAAUGUAACAACUUUUUAAUGGCAAAUUUUCUAUUUUUAAACCUUUACUUACUGCAAUCUUGUAACCCCAUAGAUCACAAAAAAUGUGCGAUCCCAUUCUAAUAACUCUAUUGAAAAUGUAAUCCCAUUAUCAUCUGUCUAGUUGUGAAAAUGGAACCCCAUCCAGCGGCACAUCCCAUUAGCCUCUUUCUAGGAAGUAUCCUCUGCCCCUCCCCCUGGGUGGGGAAUUGUCACAUGUUUGAAAGAUUAACUGUACCAUAUUCAACUUGAUUUCUUUGAGUUUUCACAAAGAUCUUGAAUAUGUGUCUGUUCUGUUGUAGUAAGUUGCAUUAAAAUGGUUUGCAAAUGUCUCUAAACAGUCCAAAGAAAUUGCCCUCAAGAUGGCGAAGGCAAACGGAUUAGCUUACAUUAACGGGUAAGGAAAUUCAAAUUCAGGUCUUUUCUAUUUGCUCGGUGAUAUAUCUUGUAAUGGAAGUUUCUUUCAGGUAUGAUCAUCCUCACAUCCUAUCAGGCCAAGGGACGCUGGGUUUAGAAAUUGUAGAGGAAGUUCCCGACCUAGAGGCAGUUGUGAUUCCUGUGGGCGGUGGAGGCCUAUUGGCUGGUGUUGCUGUGGCAGUCAAGGGGUUACGCCCUGACGUGCAGAUAAUAGUAAGAGAAAAUUAUUAACCUUCCAACUGAACCUUUUUGUUUCAAAAUGCUUAAAUUUUGUUUUUCUAUCCUAAAGUAACAACCCUCCCUAUUGUCUCAGGAAAUAGAGAAGGUUGAGUUAGUAAAAUAAAGCGCGAUGAUAAACGGCGCGAUAGUAGCGGAGGAGCUAAAUUACGAGGGAAGUUUGGGUCGGGUCGGGUAGGGUAAAGAACGCUUUUAAAAGUUUUAGCAACCGACCCGACUAAAUCUCCCUCGAUUUUCCGCUCCUCCGCUACUGUCAAGCCGUUUACAUUUUGCUCCGUUCACUAUAUGAACUUCUACAACAGGCUACACUAACUGAAGUUGACGAUUUCGUACACAGCGUGCGGCCUACAAUUAGAUGGCUAGAUGCAAAUCGUUAGUUUUCAAAAGUGAAAAUCAGGGUGAACCAACUUAUUAAACUGUGAAAGGUUAUUAAGGGGUAAGUUUCUAAUGAAACUGUGGUGCUGCGUCGGUGGGAGAGUAUAGCAGGUCCGAUGGACAUCGUGUUUGAAAUAUUUCCCAUGUUUCCUUACGGUUUUAGUUACUGUUGUUAAGUGUCAAUACUUAAUUUAUUGUUCUCCUCAGGGUGUAGAGUCCGAGCGCUGCGCUAGCUUUCGGGCCGCAAUGGAUGCUGGUCAUCCUGUCAAGAUAGACGCCAAUCAGUCUCAGACAUUAGCUGAUGGUAAGAAUUAACUGGCGCUUUGUUAAAUUAGGCGCGGAGGCUAAGGCGAGACUUAAACUCCGAAGCAAGGUUAGGUUUUCUAGGAAAUUAGGAAGAUGUUACCAUAGGAAAUGUAAAAAUUUUUAAUGGAGUUUUGUGGGAACCUUUUUGUUACGAGACAUACAUGUAAUCUUUGAGUGAGUUCUCUUUUCGUGCUACCUGAGCCCUGUCUCCUUGCUCUGUGAUUUGAACAAUAUCGUUGGUAUUUGGAGCCAUCUAAGGAUCAGAAAACAAGGAUUAGGAACAAAUUUGUUGCGAGCUGUUCCUGUGCUGAAUUAGUGUUAUUAAAAAUAACUGCUUGGUUCCUGCGAGUUUUUGAACCAAACAGUGAAUACCUCAUCCUCUCAUGUUUAGCAUUGUUGUUAAAUGAAAUUCUUGUUAUUUUGUUGAUUUGUUUCCCUUUAAUUGUUUUGUUAAAGUGCUUGCCAGAAGUUCGCUACAUGUGGACAUGUUUUAAGGUAGCAUCAAUGUUGAAUUGAGAUCUUGAGACAACAUCCUAUUUACACUAAAAUAUUGCGACCAGCGCUGUGAUUUAGUUUCCCUACCUCAGAAGUGCACGGUAAUCGUAGAUAGGGUAAGGCUUUUAUAUUGCAGACUUCGUGGACCAUUUCUUCAAAUUCGUGGACCACUUCAGUUGUUUAUAUCUUGUACAAAGGCUCAGCUUGGGUUAUAACUGACCAAGUAAUGAAUGUGGAUGAGUAAGGAAUUCCUUUGGUCAUCCACUUGUGCCCAGGAUCUUCCACAUAGUCAUCUUUGUUAUAACAUUACGUUUAACGCAAAUUUUCAUACCAAAGGAAGCAAGUUAAGUACAUGAACAACUUUUGACUCUGUCCGCUUUAAACGCGCGAUGAAGCUUACUUAAAGCUCAUCUUGGUGAGCAUGAAGCAAAACCAACAGUAAAGGUUUCUUUACUCCUCCUUACAGGAUUGUGUGUCUCCAAAGUUGGUUCAAACGCUUUUGCAACAGCCACAGGGCUUGUUGAUAAAGUUAUCAGUGUCAGGUAAUGACAUGACAGCUACCAUUUACAACUGAUUUAAUUUUCUUCAUCAAGUCUUUUGAAGGAAUAGAUGCACCUUCUCUGUUCGUUGAUUAACAUUAUGUUUUGUCUGGGAUUCUUCGGAAACUGCUAAAACUCUCUUUCAAGGUGGGAUUUGUUUGUUUUUUUUUUCAGCGAGGAUUUCAUUGCCCUCGCCAUACUACGUCUUAUUGAGGAAGAGAAAGCAGUUGUUGAAGGGGCUGGAGUCACAGCCUUUGCUGCUGUUCUUGCUGGCAUGUUACCUGAACUACAGGAUCGCAAGUAAGGCGGAUGGCUCUUCACAAUUUGAUUACAAAGUUUAAAAAGGCUUAAGGUAAAACAUGCCUAAAAUAUGUAAAAUAAACUGAUCUUAACAUACCAUAAAUAUAAUUCUUUUUGAAAAUUUUUAUUGUUGAAAACGUCAAAAUUCUUAUUGCUCUUGCGUAGAGUUCUGCAUAUGAUAAGCUAUUUUGUACAUGAGACCGCGCUAUUUCUCACAGAGAGAGACCUGCUGGUAUUAUGUCCAAGUAGUCCUGCCCAAAGCUAGUCUGCGUAAUUUAAAAAAGAUAUUUCUUGAAUCUCAAAAAUAUCUUGAAUAGCAAAUGACUGCAAUUGUGAACGUCUGAGCUCGUCAUCAACCAAUCUAGUGAGGCCCCUAAGAAAUUAUAAUAGGAACUUCUUUCGAAUAUAAGGACAUGUUUUUUUUUUCAUUGUGCAGACUUGGCUAUGUUAGGGAAAGGAGUGGAGCAUUAGGUUACCCAGUUUUAUCAUAUAGAAUUCCUAUAAAUACUCAAACUUACUUCGUAGGGAAUACUACUGACCUGCUAGAAAGUAUCAUCGACCUAAGAGGUCCCAGAUACCGUAUACCAGUCCAAAAAUUCCGGGUCAAAGGGCCCGUUUCACGAAGGUCCCAGUAACGUAACGGGCGGGGGCUCAUUUCUGCGAAGGUCUCGGUAACUUAACGGGCCCGUAAAGCUUUUGUAUCUUCAUGCAAGAUGGGGUUUUCAAAAGUUUUGAAAAUUAUCGAUAAAACUAUCAGCUACAAAAAAACCAAAAUGGACUGAUAAAGGUGCCAGAAGCUGCUUCUCUAUUCUUAAAAUUUUGAUUUUAAGAUAUGGCUUCGGGCUUCGAGAAACGGGCCCCUGGUCCAAUAUUACAUUCAGUAUGUUUUUGGCCAUGAUAACGUAUGUCUCGUCGCAGUUUACCGUCUUUGUUGUCCCCUAACUAACUCAGUAGUUUGUUUUUAGGGUUGUGAUACCGCUCUGUGGAGGAAAUAUUGACUCUACUGUGCUUGGUCGCUGUAUUGAUCGAGGAUUAGCUACAGAUGGAAGGCUUUGUAGGUUUAUUGUUACUGUUAGUGAUCGGCCUGGUGGAAUCGCUGAACUAACGCGACUGUUGGCUUCUCUGGGAGCCAGGUAUGCCUCUAGUUGCUUAUUAAAAAGUAUCUCUCAAGUUGCUUAUGAAAAACUAUCUUAUUUAACUUGAGUACAAAAUUCACUGCGAAGGCAACUUUUACUUUGCAAACUUUUAUUACAGCGUGAAAGAUAUUUUCCACGAGAGAGCAUGGCUCGUGUCCAGUGUGUUCAAUGUUCAGGUAAGAAAAUUACCUCAUUUGAGUGUGAUUGCAUUGUGUGAUUGCAUUAUCUCCCUUACCCUAUUACACUAACAGAUCAUAACAAAUGUAACUUAGACUCGGAGAGAAGUAUCUUAUCUCCCAAAAGUUGAAUUUAACCAGUCUUAGUUGUAACCUGACGUGUUUGUGUUCAUUUCAACAGAUCAAAGUAGUACUUGAAGUACGAGACCGCGAACAUGGACUUCAAGUUAAAGAAGCCCUUCAGCUACAAUACCCGAAUAACGUGCUGUGGGGACUGGACUCAGGAUCUACUGCCUCUACUUCAUGAAUUGCCUGAAACUAAUUACCUCUACACAAUGAAGACCAAGAAAUUCUGUGUGGGUUUGAAUUUUAUUUUCUGGUUGUGUGUGAGUUGAAGAAUGUUUUUCGAUUUUAAGAAUUGUAUGAAAAAUUUGGGAUAGACAGAAACUUUUAAGUGUGAGGUUCUCCGAUGCAAAGAAGUGCUUGGGAACUCAAAGGCAAAAUGGGUCUGUUAAACUAAAGAGGAUCGUAAUAUUCACCCUUGUGCGAGGCCCUUAUUAUUAGCGCUUGGCAUGAGUGUACUGCGAAAAUAUGGGAUCUUGAACAACGCGCGCCGGCGAGAGGUCUGCGAGGGUUUUGGCACUGAUAGUGUCAGACCCGGCAAACCUCUCCCCGACUAAGGCCACUCAUCUCAAAUCUUCCCGCUGGCGGAGAAACGUAGCACUAUUAAUUAGGGCGUGCUCGCAAGCUACCUUUGUGUGGGAUUCGCCAUGUGGAUGUUCUAUUUUAUAGAUUUAUCGAAGUUAUGGGGCUGAGGAAUAUUGUAAUACAAGGGUCUUUAUGAAAAGUUUUUGUACAUGUAUUUAUUUUGACUGCCAGUCAAAUUUUGUGAGUGAAAUUGUGAAUUUUUUUUUACCGGGCUGUUUUAAAAAGGAUAAAAAAACUGAACACCUCAUUUAGUGGAGAACUGUCUCACUCUAAAGUAUUUAACUGCUUAUCGCUAUUUUUAUACAACCUGUACGUAGUCCAGAAAAGUCAUGUUUUUUAUUUAUUUCGUAACAUUUUUUGCUUUAUUUGAUAAUAUUAAGUCCCUAAUGGGGAAAUUAGCAAUAUGUUAUUUGGUAGCGAAAUAUAGAAAAUAUCUUCAAAUGCCUUAAAGGUUAGUCUCAACAUUUCUAUGUAGGGUCAGUCAAAGGGACAUUCGGGAUUAGGGAGUAAAUUUGUCGCUGAUCGUAAAGGGACC